AGAUUUCUUUGACAAAAUACACAAUACACACUUGUUCAAGUCGUACUACUUCUUCCACACCAUGUUUGCUCAGGUCCGCACCUUGUCAACACUUUCUGGUGUCAUGCGCACACCCAUUGUCAGAGCACUCCCUCUGACUCACCGCUCCAUGACUACUGCAGCCAGCAAUUCUCAGAGCAAACCCGAGCGUACCAUCGAGAAGAAAACUCUCGCACUUCUUGAGGAUUCCAUUAAAAAGGAAAAGUCAAGACCUGUUGUAGAAGCUGUACAGAGAUAUCAAAAAAUCCACAGAGUAGGAGAUACCUAUCACCCUGAGGAUCUCAACGACACACGCUACCAGGAAAGCUUACGCCAACGUCGUGGUAGACCUGUCACCCCUGCUGUUGAUCCUUUUGACGCUCUUGGUCUUGAUCCUCUUCACGAAUACAAAAACUUCAGAUUGUUGUCCCACUUUGUUUCUGAUAUGGGCAAAAUUCUUCCUCGUACACAAACUGGUGUGAGUGCAAAGAACCAGCGUAAAUUGGCACAUGCCGUAAAGCGUGCUAGAGCAAUGGGUCUUAUGUCUUGCACCAGCAAAUACGUUAGCCCUAUGCAAUACUGGAAGAAUACAUAUUAGAAGAAGAACCGAAAGAAGUGAAAGGAAUAAGUGUCAUAAGUAUCAUAGAAUAAACUGGUUGAUUAUUGUUAUCGUU